UCGGAUCGUCAAUUAGACAUUUACACAUGUGCACAACUCUUUUCUCUCAUAUUUUGCAGAUUCAGUGGUAAAAAUGUGUCACAAUUCGAAUGUGUGUCGUACAACACACAAUGAAAAUGCAUACAGCAAAAUUGCAGUGUGACAACUUAGUAUUAUAUAGUGAUCGGCUGCGUAAUGUGUAUUACCGAUCGUUAUGUCGUUAUGUGGACUACACAAUGCAGGCUUUGUGUCAUUUAUUGAAGGUAAAUAAAAAAAAUGCCUAAAAACAUUUGUCUCUGAAAAUCAUAGUAUACGAAAGGAGAAUGCGGGGGUCGGAAUUGUCAGAAAAGGUGAAACUGACAAGAGAAGGUGAAAGAGCUAAGUACAGAUUAGUAAUUAAAAAGUAGCAUCAAUUCAGCAAAAAAAGUGACCGACCCGCACGAGGUCACUGCGCCACCGUCGACGUUCCGUCAAAUAAUGCCCGAGUGGCCGACUGCCGACGAUUGUGGUGCCUGCGUUACUCUCUGGCGUUGUGGUACAUAAACAAUCCAAAUUCAUCAUCCAUUCCAUCACAUAAAUAUCACCUUCUGUCGCCGUGUGUUGUCAUUGCCACGAUCUCGAGCACAUACGCGCAAGAGAGCGAGCGCCGAGCAGCCGAAUUUCUUGGUGCCGUGUCUCUUCGUCGUCGUCGCGGCCUCCUUGAGAUCGCACCACGCGCGCUCUUCUUCGCUUCUGCUGGGUAUAAAUAAGGCACGGUUAAGUUGCAUUUUGCUUUGACGCACACCCACACACAGAAACCAACGUGCCGAAGUGCAGGCAGUGGCAGAGAGAGAGAGAGAGUGCCGUCGGUGCAUCUUAUGAGAAAAGCACAAAAGCAGACAAAAGGACCCCUCCACCUCCACGCAACAACGGAGGACAUGAUUGCAUGAAAAGAAAAACCAGAUCUGCCACGUUGUAGAAUUUAAUUGGGAGGGCCCUUGAGGAUCACUGCAGGACCAAAGCUUGCAACCAUGAAGGUCGCGGCGUUGAUUAGCGGUGGCAAGGAUUCUUGCUUCAGCAUGAUGCAGUGCAUAGCAGCAGGACACGAGAUUGUGGCGCUUGCUAACUUGUACCCAGUUGGAAAAGAUGAGCUGGACUCAUUUAUGUUCCAAACUGUUGGCCAUCAAGGAGUAGAGUUCAUUGGAGAAGCAAUGGGACUACCUUUGUAUCGGGAGCCAACAUCUGGAGAGUCGAAAAUGCAAGAAAAAAAUUACUUGCCCACGGAAGAUGAUGAAGUUGAAGAUUUGUACAGACUAAUAAAGCGAGUUAAGGAUGAAGAGGAUAUUAAGGCUGUUUCCUCUGGUGCCAUAUUAAGUGAUUACCAACGAAUACGAGUAGAAAAUGUAUGUAGUAGAUUAGGACUGGUUUCACUGUCGUACUUGUGGAGGCGAGACCAAGAACAAUUACUGAAGGAAAUGAUUGAAUGUUCCGUCAAUGCCGUCAUCAUAAAAGUUGCGUCGUUGGGUUUAGAACCAAGGCAUUUGGGAAAAUCUAUCUCCGAGAUGCAACCACAUCUCGCCAAAAUGAAAGAAAAGUAUGGCCUAAACAUUUGCGGCGAAGGAGGAGAAUACGAAACAUUUACUUUGGAUUGUCCUUUGUACAUCAAAAGCAUUGUGAUAGAUGAAUAUGAAAGUGUGGUGCACUCUAAUGAUGAAGUUGCACCUGUCGGGUACCUGAAUUUCAAAAAGAUACAUCUUCAAAAUAAGAAUAGUGGUAUAGAAAAUCUGACACUUCAAGAAAGACUGAAGAACGUUGCUGUGAAAGCUCCACUUGACUAUAUUUCGGAAAUAGUUGGACCAGACCUACAAGAUGGAUGUAAUUUAUCCGAUGAUGAAAAUGACGAACAGGAGAAAGAUUAUAAAGACUUACAAAUGACAAACUGUGGACAAAUUAAUCUACCAAGUGCAAUGGAAGUGACGUAUAAAAAAGAAGAAUAUCCUGAUCGUCCGAGAAUGAGCAAAAACCAAACAGGCUGGUACUGGUUUGGUAAUAUUGUUGGUAAAAAUCCUGAACCAAAGCUCGCCAUGGCAGAGGCAUUAGAUAGAUUAAUUGAUCUAGUCAAAAAAGAAAGCUUAGAAGUAUCAGAUCUUGUUGCUGUGACAAUGUUUUUAAAGGAUCUAUCGAGCUACUCCGAUAUUAAUGAAGUUUACGUGUCGAAGCUUGCAAAAGUUAAUCCGCCUGUAAGAGUUUGUACAGAAGUUCCUAUAAAUAUAAACUUUCACGUUGUUUUGGAUGCACUAGCCUAUAGGAAAAUAGAAAAAGAGGAGGAAAAGAGCGAUAAAAAAAUACCCAAAAGACACACGAUGCACGUUCAAAGUAUAAGCCAUUGGGCGCCUGCCAAUAUUGGACCUUAUUCACAAGCUGUUCGAGUGGGUGAUAUAAUUUCGGUAGCGGGCCAGAUACCGUUGGUGCCGGGCAACAUGUCCAUCCUCGACUCAAACAUAAAGCGCCAGUGUCGACUGACCCUGAGGCACAUAAACCGGAUCGUCAAGGCCAUGGACUCAAACACCGAGCUCAGGCACAUAGUGCAAGGCAUUUGUUUCCUGACCCACCCGAACUUCAUACCGGCUGCCCGCAGGGAGUGGGAAAAGCGUACGAACAACGCGAUCGUCGACUACGUAGUUGUGUCGAGGUUGCCCCGUGAUGCCCAGGUCGAGUGGUGCGUUUGGGCGCACCGCGACAACAACAGAUUUGAGUAUGAAGAGACUGGCAAGUGUGUUGGCAAUUUCAAGGUUGCCAUCAGAAGGAGGUGGAACUACGAGAACAACGUUUCUGCCAUUGUCUGUUACCUGUCGACUGGCUCUUCCAACUCGACGGGAAACCUGACAACGGAUAACGCCAAUGUCUCGUCUGCCGAUUUCACGCUACCCGAACUCAUUGAGGCUUUCGAGUACUUGCUAUGCAAGCUGACCAAAGGCUCUCAGUCCCAGAGCCCGCCUUGCCACCUGCGUAUCUUCUACAAAGUGGGCAGUCUGUCUGGACCUGCCUUUAUCCAGCAAGCUCUCGAUCAGUUCUCCGGGCACAACCUCGUCGCCACCAUCAUACCUACCCGACACCUGCACAAUUUCAGUACCUUUCUGUCGGUUUGUGGCAUCAGGCAUGAGUAGCAAGAGCAACAGCGACAGUAAAUACAUUGCGUGGAUGUACUCCGAUUAUCCUGCACUGGGCUUGUUUGCGUAUACUGUCAAUUAUCAAGCAGUCAAAGAAGAGAGCCAAGUCGAAUCUUAGAGCGAUCUAGCGUGCAACUGAACCGUUCUAUUGAGAGAACUGAAUGUAGGCGAGAUGAACGAAAGUAUAUUGUUAAAUUAUUGUCCCGGAAAUUCAAGUUGCUUGGUUUUUCCUUUCGAGAAGAACAAUGAACUAUAUAUAUAUAUAUAUUCACUUAUAUACUUUUGCAUGUUUUUAACUAUAAAUGUACUUAAAAAGUGUUGAUUACUUAUCAGUUGGCCGUUGAAGGUGUGCAGAGUAAUUCAAUUUUUUUUUUUUUUUUUUUUUUUUUUUUU